AUGAAAGAGCUGGGGUCGCACAUUGAGACACACAGUCCACAGAUCAUCAUGAUGAUGGAAAGGAUCUUGCUGGGUGUCUUGAGUCUCUCAGGGUGGCUCAUCCCCUCCAUAUGCCUUCACCGUCAGUACCACUAUGUUGCUGAUUUAAAGACUUGGCCUGAAGCUGCCACCUACUGCAGACGGACAUACACAGACCUGGCCAGCAUUAACACAGUUUCAUCUUCCGGCCACAGCUCUGAAGUCUGGAUUGGUCUGUACAUGGCAAUCGUCUGGAGGUGGUCUGAUGGCUACAGAGGGAUUGGGUCUCAAUACAGGCCCUGGAGACCUACUUCCAGUGAACCAAAUUUUAUUUCAGGUGAUCAGUUCUGUGUGGUCUUUGGAACUGAUGGAACGUGGUUUGAUUAUUUUUGUAAUGAUGAAUAUCCAUUUAUCUGUUACAGAGGAACACAGCUGGAUCCUGAAUUUGUUGUUGUGAAUGAAAGAAUGAAUUGGUCCAGUGCUCAGAGGUACUGCAGGGAGAACUACAUAGACCUGGCCACUGUGAGGAACGACACUGAGAACCAGGAGAUCAAGAGUUUGGUGUGGAGUGGAGGCAGGGCAUGGAUUGGUCUAUUUAGACAUCCCAAUUUGACUUGGUCUGAUGGUAGCAACUACAAAUUCAGCUACUGGGAUUACUUAAACCCAAUUGGCUCAUUGGUACAUGUAUGUGGUGUUGCAGCUUUGCAAGAAUCAGGAAAAUGGAGGGGUUAUAACUGUGAAAUGAGAUUACCGUUUGUCUGCUACAGCAUCACACCUGGUGAGUGAUUUACUGUCCUUUUAUGGUAUCAUAUAAGUAAUAUAGACCAGCAAACUAAUGCUUCAUUUCUCUGUUCAUUCUGCAACAGUAAAGAGGCAGGUAGUAAGGCUGAGGAUAAAGCCGGAGGACUCCUCUCUGGAUCUGAAUGACCCUGCUGUGAAAGCAGACAUCCUGAAAAAGGCACGUAUCUAUCUAUCUAUCUAUCUAUCUAUCUAUCUAUCUAUCUAUCUAUCUA